CCUGAAGCCGCCAUGUUUGUUCACUAGGGACGCUGUUCUGACAUGAGUUUCAUUUUGGCGGUGUGUUUGGUUUGAUUUAGGUGAAAAUGGCGAGGGUUCUUGGAGUUGGGGAGGGUCUAUUCGCCCUGGCCUUCAUCUGGACAUUAUGCCUUUUACUCUGCAUUGUCUUUUCAAGGGCGCAAACGGCGAUUUCCAACAUGGGCCCAGUAAUGAUCUUCAUCGCAGGAUUCCUGACAAUAAUUCUUGUGUUCAUCCCCCGAGAACCACAGAUACCCUCAGUGGAGGAUGAAGUAAAGAUAUACGACUACGCCAUCAUCUACAGAUCUGGUCUGAUUGCUGUGUGUGCACUGUUUGUCUUGGUGGGUCUGGGGCUGUACCUGACGUCGCACGCCAUGCAACCCAUCUACGCCAAACCCAUCAGGAGACUCCGAGGAUGAGACACAGGCUUCAUAAUUCAUGCUGGUCGCUUGCCCGUGACUACUUAAUUGUGCUGAGGUCAAGAGGAAAUCCAAUGAUGGAAGUCCUCAUUUACUAGAGGCACGGGAUGACUAUUAUUGCAUUAAGUCUGCUUCAGAUAAGUUGAAUAUAACUAGCAGAGUAAUUAAACAAAGUAGACAUCAAGUAGGACCAGGUACAAGUUUGACAG